AUGUCUCUUCCCGGCCUAGAGCUUACCCAGCCCUCUGAAGAGAGGCAAUAUGCUGUUGCCCCGCCAUCGCAAAUCGCCUUGAACCCGGGCUCGGAGUGGAGAUUUGAGGUUGCGUUCGGUCACAUUAUUAAAGUCAAGCUCCUCAACGGAACGGCCGAACUCUUCGGCACGGAACUGGCCGAAUCGCAAACGUACACAAUCACUGGUACCAAAGCCGCAAUCUAUACAUGGCAUGGCUGUGAAUUGGAAAUAACCGCCGGCGAAACUGCGACGACUACCACGGUGGAUGGAUCCACGUCCGCGGCAGGCCACGGUGCAGGCGGUUGUCAAAGCGAGUACACGUCUGAUGAUACCCCAAUGGUGGAAUAUGCCAACCUACACUUUGCGCUGGAGUCAAUACGUGAGGAAUCACAAGGUUCCGGUAAGGACGGACCUCGUGUUUUGCUGUUGGGUCCCGACAACGCGGGCAAGACUAGCUUGUCCAAGAUCCUCACUGCGUAUGCGACAAAGGUUGGAGGACAGCCACUGGUUGUGAACCUGGAUCCGACUGAAGGCAUGCUUAGUGUUCCGGGUACUUUGACUGCCACGGCUUUCCGGACAAUGCUGGAUGUUGAGAAUGGCUGGGGCAGCAGUCCGAUGUCUGGGCCUAGUCCUGUGCCCGUGAAACUGCCACUUGUCUACAGCUAUCCAUUGCCCAGUCCCCUCGAUGCUGAAGGCUCCGUCUACCGUCCCAUUGUGUCGCGACUGGCGCUUCAAGUAACAGAGCGCAUGGCCAAAGACGAAGACGUCCGUCGCACAGGAAUCAUUGUCGACACCCCGGGUGUACUCAGCUCUGGCAAGCCUGGCAGCCUCGAGUUAAUCAAUCAUAUCAUCACCGAGUUCGCCAUUACUACAAUCGUGGUUCUGGGCUCGGAACGCCUUUACAGUAAUAUGGUCAAGCAAUACGAUAACAAGCCUAGUGCAAGUGCUGCCGCAGCCGUUUUUGAUGAGCGAGUCACUGUUGUGAAGCUAUCAAAGUCCGGAGGUUGCGUUGAUCGCGAUGCAGCAUUUCUCAAGAAAACACGCGAGUCCCAGAUCCGAUCUUACUUUUUUGGAAAUUCAGCUCCCUCAAAUGCAUUAACGACGGCCAUUACUUUAUCUCCAUCUACGCUGCAAGUCGACUUUGCAUCCUUAACCGUGUACAACUAUACCGUCGCCUCAACUGAAGACGAAGAUGAGGACGACUACGAUCCUUCACAGCUCAGCACUGGCGAUUCAUUUCUUCCUGGUGGAGGCGUUGAUGAUUAUUCACAGCCCAAACAAGAAUCAGACCGCGCUGCGCCUCUUCCAGGCAUCGUCGGCCUUUCAUCCGACCAAAAUAUAUCCUCCAUGCAUUCAUCUUCCACCAGCAAUGUCCCAUUGAAACGACUUCUGCCUCCUGCACCUAUGGCUCUCGAAAAUACUCUCAUCGCUAUCACUCAUGCCUCAACUACAGCUUCGCCUGCUGCUGUCCGUGACGCCAGUGUAAAGGGAUUCCUUUAUGUCGCCAACGUGGACGCCGAGAAGGGAAAGAUUAUGCUGCUGUCGCCUAUUCGAGGAACAAUACCUUCCCAGGCUAUGAUCUGGGCCAAGCGUUGGCCCGAUGAGGUCGUUGGGCUGGUGGGCUGA